AUUCCUUCUUUGCAGAAAUACUUAAAAAUAUUGGAGCCUUAGACAGUUUCACUAGGCAAUCAGUGCUUGAAAGGAAAACUUGUAUAAUACAGGAUAUUCUAAUCACUAGCUCUGUGUACCAAAAAUAGCAGUUUUUAGUAAUUUAGGCUCCGCUGCUGCAAUUGGAUCCACUCUGGCAGAAACUGCAUGUAAAACUGUUAGUACAGCAUCCUGGUUGCACAAAUAAAAUGACAAGAAGUCAGGCACCGUAAGACCGUCAUUAGUUUUGCCACACUGCUAAUAUGUACAGGUUGAACCUCUUUAGUUCGGCAGUCUGAUCUGGCAAUAUCUGUGGUCUGGCAUUAUUUUAGUUAGCCUGUGGUUCGGCAAAUUCUCUGGUUUGGCACGGGUCAGUCCCAAGGGUGCUGAACUAGAAAGGUUCAGUCUGUUACAAUAGCAUUAUUCAAAAUAUGUUGUUUUUUUUUUUUACAGCACCACUAUAUUUUUUGUACCAUUGUAUUUGUGGAAGUCCCUAUUAUUAGACCAGAUAUAUCUCAUGUAUCACAAUAAAUGUCUAGUUUUUAAUAAUUUCCAGAUUAUUGUCUAUUCUUUGUGUAUCUUUAAUAUAGAAAAUAUAUGAUGUACCUUAGGUAUAAUACAAUUGAAUGUUCUUUCAGCGAUAUGGACAAUCUAAUGCAAUAAUUAAAACAUUAGUUUUUUAUUUCCUGGCUUGUUGUGAUUUGAAUUGUGCAACCUUGAACUAAUUUAGGGAUUUGUGUUCAAGAUUUUAUUGUAGUUUAACAUUUGACUUUCUAAGCUAUUAUAACCAAUUACUGCAGUUUUUCUUUAAGAAAGUGCUUCUACAAACCACUGCAGCAUCCUUAGAAUGCUUUUGUAACUGCUGGUCUUUCCCUUAAUGAAGAGAGGUAAUGAGAAAGGAAGAGGAGAAAAUAGAUGGACAAGAAGAAAGGCAGGAAAGAAAGACAGAUAAUACAAGAAAAGGAGAUGGGAAGGAGAAAUGGAAAAAGAAAAAAAGGGGUUGAAAGAACACUAGUGCUGGAAUGUAAAAGAAAUUCACCAGGCUGCUGACUAUCUCAAAGUGGAGGAGGUGGUCACUAAAUGUAAAGUAAAGAUGGAAGACUUUGCUUUUAUUGCUAAUCCCUCCUCUACAGAGAUUUCUAGUAUUACUGGAAACAUUGAACUGAACCAACAGACUUGCCUUCUCACUCUUCGAGAUUACAAUAAUCAAGAGAAAUCUGAUGCCCCUUCUGCAGAUUCAGUUCAGCCGCAGGCAAAAAAAGUGGGUUUAGAAAAGAAAUCUGCUCAGACCAGAAAGCGAAAAAAGGCUUUUAACGCUCAGAAAAACAUGAAGAAUAAACCAGUGCAAUAUCAGAAUGACAUAAUUGAGAAUUCAUCAGUCGAUAUGUUUUUAGAUGCAAAUAAACUGGCUACACAGAUAACCGAACAAGCUGCCCAAGGCAGCGAUAACUCAGAACUACUACUACCAUCUGUGGUGGAAAGUGAAACUUUUGCAGCACAAGAUGUUUUAGUUCAGACUAUAGCAGUGAAACAAAAACGGGCGAAGCCACAGCAGAACUGUGCAUUGAAAGAACACUGUAUGUCUAAUAUAGCUAGUGAAAAGAACUCUUAUCAGCUGGAGAGCUCAGGAGAAUAUCUCGAUCAGAAAUACUCCAAGGCCAAGCCAGUGUGCAACACUUGUGGGAAAGUGUUUUCAGAAGCCAGUAGUCUACGACGACACAUGAGAAUACACAAAGGAGUAAAACCUUAUGUGUGCCAACUCUGUGGGAAAGCAUUUACACAGUGUAAUCAGCUGAAAACACAUGUCAGAACUCACACAGGGGAGAAGCCAUACAAAUGUGAACUGUGCGACAAAGGCUUUGCCCAGAAAUGCCAGCUAGUUUUCCACAGUCGUAUGCAUCAUGGGGAAGAGAAACCGUAUAAAUGUGAUGUAUGCAAUCUGCAGUUUGCAACUUCAAGCAAUCUGAAGAUUCAUGCAAGGAAGCACAGUGGUGAGAAGCCCUAUGUGUGUGAUAGGUGUGGACAGAGGUUUGCCCAGGCCAGCACGCUUACGUACCAUGUUCGUCGCCAUACAGGAGAGAAGCCGUAUGUGUGUGACACCUGUGGCAAAGCAUUUGCAGUGUCCAGUUCUCUUAUCACUCAUUCACGAAAACAUACAGGAGAGAAGCCAUAUAUUUGUGGCAUUUGUGGCAAAAGUUUUAUUUCCUCGGGAGAGCUCAAUAAACACUUUCGGUCUCAUACAGGUGAACGACCAUUUAUAUGUGAACUCUGUGGAAAUUCUUACACAGACAUAAAAAAUUUAAAAAAGCACAAAACGAAAGUCCACACAGGAUCUGAAAACCCCCUUGAUUCGAACACAGUUGAUAAUUCCUACAAUGAACAAGAAUCUAUUCAGAAUCAGAAAAGCCCUUUGUCAGAGUCUACAGAUGAAAAGCCUUCUGAGAUGUCUUUACCACUCACUCUUCCCAUUGGGACUGAAGACCAUCAGAUGCUGUUGCCUCUAACUGGUAAUCAGUCUCCUUCCUCAGACUCAUUGCUGAGAUCUGCUGUGACUGGAUAUUCAGAACCUCAGUUUAUUUUCCUGCAGCAGUUAUACUGACUUUUUGUGUGAGAUGGGAACCAACAAAACAGUUUUGGUAGUGAACGCACAUGUUGGUAAAAUGAACGUAAUCAUUCAAGCUGUUGGAUUUACUCUUAAUCAUUCUUUUCAGAGAAGACAUUUGGUAAUGUAUCUACACUGUGUAGUGCUGUUUCUUACUACUUGUUACAUUUUGCUAAUCUGGAAUCAUAGUUAUUGUAAUUGACCACUGACAUUAGGAGGAAAUACUGUUCCAGAGCACCUGCCUUAAGAAUCGUCUGUUAAAUAGACAUGUAACUGUACUCUGGAGCUCUCCUCCAACGCUUAUGCCGAGAUAGUCUGUUACAGUGUCAUUUGUGAGCAGACUUUCAAGCCAUAUUUUCAUUUCUGUUAAUUAAAUACCUUAACUCGGAGUUGUGGUCUUUGUAGAAAAAAAUUUCAUGACCAAUUUAUUAAACACAGGCUCCCACACUCCAGGACACUGUAAGAGGAGUAUAUGAUGGCAACCAGGCCAGUUCUCUGGUGAAAUGUUUUUGAAGCAUUAUUGGUGUUAAACAGAAGCAGCAAUUUGCCAGUCUGAGACUAGAUGGAAAGCUUUGGACAAAUGCCACUAAUAGGGGAGGGAGGCUUUUUCCUUGAGCAAUGAUUUAGAGUCUAGAUAGUAUAUACAGUAGCCUUUCCUUUUUCAAGGCCUGGAUUCACAUUCAAAAGUGACAAGCUAUAAUCUCUCCACAUCUCCCAAACAUCUAGAGUUUGAAAAAGGAGCAGUCUUCUGCUUAGGACAGGUCAAAAGAGAUAAUUGAUCUGUCCUUCAGCAUUCAGCAUAUUAAGAUUAUUGUAGGUAAGAAUGUGUGUUGAGUAAGCUGUAAAUAGACAUCAGUAGCACAUGUCUGACUUUCAUCAUUAUAGUUAUUCAUAUUGUAGAGCCUAGAGCUUCCAGUCAGGAUCAGACCCCUUUUGGUUUAAGCAUUUUACAGAGACAUCAGAGGAGAGAGAUUUUGCCCUGCUGCAGAGUUUAUAAUAAAUGAGCGAUACGUUUACUCUAAAAAAUUAAGUGAAAGCUAAAAAUGAAGGUGUUUUAGUAAAGAUUGACCAGAGGCCAUAAACUUUUGGGCCACAAUAGGCUCUUAAUAUUCCAUUACAGAAUUUGGGCAGGUAUAAUAGAAAAACAUUUAAUUAAAAAUAAAUGCAGUGUUUGUUUACUGCUUUAUUUCUUAUGCCAAUAGUGCAGUUUUAGGCAGUUGCUGUCUUUUGUAGCAAGACCUAUGUGAAAAAGGGAUGUUUUUAUGCCAGCUGUGUGGGGUGUUUUUUUCCGUUUAACAGAAACUUGUGCUGGGGUUGGCGCACAGAGCAGAAAUUAGUCUGUUCAAUUCCUCUUUGUCGCUUCUGUCUGCUCUAUAAGGUGCUGAGACAAACUAUCCUGCCCUUUCUGCUAAGGGUCCUUCUUAAGGUUUCUCUUGGGCUUUUUACUUCCUCACACCAGUUGGUUUUCACUGAACAGCUUUAUGUGGAAUCUUUGUGUUGGCAUCCAUAGUACAUGUCCCAGACAUGAUCAGGGCUUCCUUUUGAGUCUCAUGGAAAUGAGUUGAUGAUUUCAUGGAUCUUUUCAUUGGUAAUGAAGACUCUUAGUGUCCAGAUUCUUUCAUUUUCUGCCUAACCAUUUGGUAGGAUUACCAGCUGUCACAGCCACAUAUUAGACUGAAAUUACAUUUGAAUUGAAAAUUCUGAUGCUAUAUAAUUGAUUUCCAUAUUAAGAUUAGUAAAUACUAUACGUCUCUUUCCCAUUCUUGAUGUCACUUCCUUCUUGAGAUGUCCAUUGGUCAGCGUGAUGCUGCCCAAGUAGAUGAAUAGGUUUUAUUUUCUUGGUAGUUUUGCCUUCUAGGUUUCAAAGAUGUUUGUUGUUAGCAUGAGUAAUUUUGAGCCAUGAUUGGCCUGUUGUUUUUUGCAAGGUUGUCUGUCUUUAUUAGUAAUGUUUCCUCAGUGUUAUUCAGCACAAUAUUAUCAACAAGAGCUGGCCAAAAUAUGGCCCAUUGGCCAGAUGCAGCCCGCCAAGCCAGCAGCACAAAGGACGCUUCAGUCAGGUUCUCUGCCAACCCUCUUCUCUACACCGCUCAGAAAAACUGGGUUCAAGGCCCAGUUUCUGUGAACAGCUGCAAGUCUGAGGCUCGGCACGCUUCCCCCCAGCACAAUCUUGUAACUCCCAUUGUUUGAAGAACAGGCAGCACACGAAGCACCCAAUCUUCCCCUCCGCUUGGGCUCAAAACUGUUCACAGAUGCACAAAACCCCACAGCUGGCUGCUCUGAGCAGCCUGCCAGGGCAUGGAAAGCAGGGAACCUGCCGGGUUGCUGGUCUGGAGUUGCCCAAGUGUCUCCAUGCCAGAGCCUGCCUCUGCCACGCAGCCCUUCCUUCCCCCCCCCAAACCUCUGCUUCCCCCAUCUCUCCCCUACCUCACAUAACCCAAAUCCUGUCUCCCAUUCUCCAGUCCCAGACCCUGCACCCAAAUCCGCUGCCCCAGGUCACAACCACUCCCUUCACCCAAACUCCCUCCCUGUUCCCACACUGCUUCCAUAUACCCCAUUCUCUUUACCCUAAAUUCCCUUCUGCAACCAACCAUCCCAGAUACUGCACCUCCUCCAUUAAUAUCAUGGAAGAGUGUGGUCCUUGACCAUCUACCACAUUCUUGGAGUGGCCUCCCAAUAAAAAUUAUUGACCACCCUAGUCUAGACUUUCUAGACUUUUGCCAACUCCCCAUGCUAUGCCAGUGUUAGCAUUGCUAAUACAUUGCUUCAAUAUUCAAUCUAUGGCAAUAUUCGGUCUAUGCCAAAUAGGAGCAGCAAUAAAAUGCCUUGUUUUAUGUUAUUGUCCAUACUGAACCAUUCAGUUGUUGAUUGAUGGUUUAGCCUUGCAGAGCACCUCAUAUCUCUGUGUAUGGUCUUGAUGGUGAUUACAACUUUAGCUGGGAUUCAUAGGACUAAAGAAUGAAUAGUCCAUAAUAUAUGUCUACUUUUGAAAAAAAUAAUCAGUGAAAUUGUUCUGGGCAGUUUGCCACUCUAAAUCCUCUUCUGUGCUUGUCCUUAGCUAAAUAUCUGGUCUACACAGAAUCUCUUGGGCCUGAAUUAAGCCUGUUUUCUAAGCUUUGCACCCACUGCCUCUUUCAACCCAUAUAGUAGGGCCCUACAGAAGGCAUUCCUUGCAACAGAGUAGUGUAUCCCCUCUCCAGUUGUUAAGGUCAGUAAAAUCACCCCUUUUUGGAUAUUCUGAUAAUGAUUCCAUGCUUCCACUGGUCGAUAGGGAAGAAGUGUAACCAUUUAAAUGGUUAACAUAUAAGCAUCAGCUUAUUGGUUUCUGUUACGGUUACAUACCGGUUCCCGCUCCUCGGGUGCCAGCUGUCAUCCUGCAUUGUGGGCUCUGCAGUAUAGUUAUACCACAGAGUCCACAGGGAAACUGGCUUCCAGGAAGCAGGGCUGGGAGCUUGUGUGACUCCUGGUGCAUUCCGGUUCCCAGCUCUGUUUCUGGAGAGCUGGCUGCGCUGCAGUAUAAGGAUUAUAUAUAAGUUUUAUAUUGCAGAGCAUGCAGUGCAUGUGACUGUUUAAAUUUGUAAUGGUUAUACCAUUACAUUUUUAACUGAUUUCUUUUACAUCCCUAUUGUCAGGAGACUUUUCUUUUCCCCGAACUAUUGAAAACGUCUGUCAAUUUCAUUAAUGGGAUGGUAUCAAAUCCUUUUAGCAUUUCUGGAGCGAUUUGAUUAUCUGCUGCUGCUGCUUUUUUAUUUGUUUUCAGUUUGCUUAUUGUGGGCCUUUACUACUGUCAUCUCUUUUGGACUAAUGUUAACAUCAAGUUGGUCAGGUUUGCAUGUUUAAAUGGAAGUUUGUUACUGAAGUCAGCUUUGGUCUGUUGAGGCCUUCUUUGAAUGCUCUGUCCAUUUAUUUUUUCUGUUGUACCUUAGUAGUAAACAUUUUCUAUCUUUGAUUUUAUUGGCCUGUUUCUUAUUCUGAAAUUGACAUGCAGUAUUUUAGUAACUUGGUAAAUAGCUCUGAUAACCCUAAAGCUGCUAGAUCUUCAGUGUAUUUUCUAGGGGGGUAAAAAUCGUGUCAUAGGGAACUGUGUAACUGCUGAAAAUCUCAGCGGUUACAUGGUUACCUGCACUGCAGGCUCUGCAGUAUAAAGUUUAUAAUGCAGAUCUAGCAGGUGCAAGCAGCCCUUGCUUGCCUGGCUACUGGGGAGGGGGCUUUACUGCUGGAGCAAAACCAUCUGCCUGGCUUCUUGGGAGGAGACUUCACUGCUGAAGAGAAGCCUCUUCCCCAUUGGUUAGCCCUUGCCUUCCUGGCUCCUGGGAAAGAAGCUUCGCUGCCCUCCCCGGGAGCUGGCUGAGUAUAACCGAUACCAUUAACUGAUAAUCCGUAGUAUUUUCAUUCAUCUGCCUUUCUGUCGCGUUUUACCUCUCAUCUGCUUUUGUGCACUCCUCUACAUUUUCCAAUCCUCUGGUUGAUUUUAUCAUUUAGGAAUUUUCUUUUAAUACCUUUUCAUCCUUUUAAUACCAUUCAUGAGAUGCCAUAUCUCUUGAGUUAUCCAGUUCUGUCUGUCUCUCUUGAUACCCAACUGUGGCUAGUGCAGUUUGAAUCACAUUGUAAACCUGGCCGAAGGAGAUUACGUUAGCUUCCUUUAAAACAACAGCAAAAAGAAAACCAAGCAACUUCCGAUUUCUGAUAGCAACACUGCUUAAGCUCCAUCGUGAUUAGGGGGAAUCUUUUUAUGCCUCGCCAAGCCAAUCUUAAAACUGUCAAGAAUCGUUGAGCCACAGAGGCAUGUUUUCUCCAGUCAACCAGCACUAGUGAUAUUAAGUGCAUUCUUUGUUGAUUGUUGAUACCAUUUUAUCUGUAUUGGUACUUUGUGUCCAGGCCUUGGUAAACAGUGGAUUGUAAAAGAUGCCUCUUAAUAUUCCUACUCUCCACCAUAUCUUCACCUGAAUUAAAAGGGCUUCAUGAAACAUUUCUUAGUAGAUUUCUUUGAAAUCCUCUGAAGAGAGGUCCUUAGUUCCUUGGCAUGGCUGUUUUUUACUUAUUGCUUUCUUAAUCCAUGUGUCUGUUUUUGUCUUUGUACCUUUUCAGUGAAAUAAACCUUUCAUUUUUUUUAUUUAUCAUUUAAAAUGUGGCAUGUGUAAUACUAGUUUUGAUUGUUUAAUGCUUAAUUACAAGUGGUCAGUUUACUGGUGGGGUUACUGGACGUUAUGAAGUACAACCAAGUCUCCCCCCUGCCAUUGCUUCCUGACUUUCACUCUCUUCACUUUGCUCGUCUCCAUCAUGUUUAUGCCAUAGCAUUUGCCAGCACCUACUGUCAUUUUACACACUGGUUUAGGACAUUGGAGAAAUUGUUUUAGGUUUUCAGUAGUGCAGUGUGGCUUUUUGCAUUCUUUUGAAAUCUGUUUUUUCCUCGUAAUCUCUCACGGAUUCUUUGGCCAACUGGCAAUUCUAUGACUGAAGAAGCGUACCAAAAAGCAGGGUCUUGAAUAUAAAUGACAAAGGUUUACUCCAUGUAACCAGAUCUAAGGCAGCAGUUACUGACCAAAAAUACAGCAAAGGCAUAAAGAUGAAUACAGUUUUAAUAAUUAGUUUCGCACAGAAGCAAAGCUCUGCCAGCUCUUAUGGUUAUACUGCUAUUUGGCAAGUUCAUCUUUAAAUGUAUUAAAGUACAUCUCUUCUGAUGUGUUACUACUUCUUUUCAAAAAAAUUAAUUUAUUCAGAAUUACUGAGUAAUGCAUAUAUUACCAGAAGAGCAAACUAACUCUGAGAAACACUUUCCUAUAUAGAACAUGCAUUCCAUAAGAAUAUUUGUUUCAACAGUUUUUAUAUUUCUAAAAUUUUAGAUGACUACAGUAUUCUUAAAUCUCAGACUUUUAAAAAAAAUCAGGGCUUAGAUUUAUACAGGAUCCAGUUUAGAUAUUUAUAGAAGUGACAUUUACUUUAUAUUACUCAUUCAGUUUUCUUUAUACACAAGAAGAUCAUCAUUUUUACAAGACAAUUUUAAAUUUCUCUCCACAGAAUGCACAGGUUCUGAUAAAGUUGUUCUCUUGCAGCAAUAAUUUAAUGGUCUUCACUCUUGAAUACGAAUUCUUAUCCUCAGCUUAGAUGAAAAUGACUCAGCUGCUGAGUUGAUUUCCUUUAAAUAUAUUAAUUUAACAUGUAAUUUAAAAAAAUGUUUGGGUGCUGUAGAACUUUGAAAGAGAGCUAUACUGUAUAUCUAUGACAAUGCCUGGAGUACUUUCCAUGCAUCUCUCAUUUGGAGGCUUAGUGCUCUCAAGUUCAGUUUUGAGCUGGAAGUUGCAUCAGGAGGUUUGAUGGUCCAUGCUUGUGGAAUAGGGGGAAAGCAUGGACAUCUUAAAUAGUCUAAUGCAGUUAAUAGCCGAAUUAUCCUCUCUGGAAAAUGAAAGUGGGAGCAUUAAAAUUUCUUUAAAAGCUUGAAAAAGACUUCUAGAGAAUAUCUCCAGUGUAAUUGAGAUCCCAAAAAGUCCACUAACUUCAAUGGAAGUUUUGCCUGAGGGUUUGACUACUCUUGUAAAUUUACCAAAAUAGCUAGUUAUUCCAGAAUGGGUAGUUGUACCAGAAUAGCUACUCUGCAAUAAUUAUUUUGUUAAGUUCAAAGAGUAGAAAAGGCCUGAGUAAGGAUUGAAAGACUGGGCUUUGAGAGAGGCAGUUGGCAAGACUUACAGCAAUAUGUCUAGAUAAGAACUAGUAAUCAAUUUGGGUUAAGUUAUUUUUGAAGUAUUUUUCCUGUAUGUACAAAGUGUUUUUCCUUCUGUUAUGUGUAUAUAGUUCAACUCUUUUUUAUAAUCCCAUGUGAGGGUUUUGUAUAUACAUAGGUUGCAGUGUUUAUGUUAGACUUUUAAUAAAUUUGUUUUGUAAUUUU